AUGUCGCGCUCGACGUUCAUCGCCGCCCGCAACUCGCGGCAUCGCACCGCAGCGCUCGCCCUGUAUCGCGCCCUCAUACGAACCGCGAGUCGCAUCCCCGUGGCGCAAGAUGUUGCGCAGAAGCCGAUUUCUCGGAUUGUGAGGAGACGGUUUGAGAAGAAUUCGGGGUAUACGAGCUUCAGGCUUGUGUAUGCGGCCAUGGCGGCGGGAUACAAGUUCUUGAACCUCCUCACGAAAGCUCAAACUCCCAAUUCCCCCGAACACACCCAAAUCAUGCAACAUCUUCAAUCCGUCCGCGACACAGCCGCCGCAUCCCGCGCAAUCCCGCAUCCUCCACAGUACAAACCCGUCCUCCCCCCCGAGCCACUCCUCAUCAACACCGCCAAAGCCAACGACCCCCCAAAAUACACUUCCAGCAUCCUCCCACGACCAAAGCACUCGCUCACAGGGCCCAGAAAAGUCCCCUCCGUGAGCGCCACCGCAGACGGCCAGCCGUUUGUGCGAUUGAAGAAGCCCCAGCCGCACGUCAUGUCCAGGAUGAUUGGGCGCAAGAACCGCAUCUUCGAGAGUCGGAUCAUGAACAUCUUGGAUAUUGAUGAGAGGGUUGUUCCGGAAGCUGCGUUGGAGGAUGACUGGGAUCGCAUGAUGGACGAGUUAUUAGCGGAAGAGGGUUCGAAAAAGGGAAGAGGAAAGCAGCAAGACUUGCGUCAGUCGGCGAGGGAGGAUCGUUUCAAGAUGGAGACGUUUGGAUGGAGCGUGCAGCUCUCCCGGCUUUGGUGGGAGUUGAAAAUCGAAAAGACGUGGGAGGAUUGGAUUGCCAGGGGAGAAGCCCUUCACCAGCUUGUCGAGGAGGAAAGAUCCCUGGACGAACAAGAACGGGGCACAAGGGAUGACGCUACGAAGAGGAGCAACAACAACCGUCGGCGGAAUGAGUUGGAGUACGAUGAUGCACCGCCCAAUGUUGGACUUAGUGCUAUUCCCGCACUGCCACUGUUGGAGGUGAUCCGGAGCACUCUGCCUAGAGAUGAGGCAUUGGAAAAUGUUGAGGAAACGCAAGAUCCAUUCCUAUCGCCGUCUUGGGCCGCGCUGGUCAAGUCUCAGGAGGGCAGGAUGUUGAAGUGGGCAGGGAAGCGUGUUGUCGGCCAGCGAGGCGACUAA